AUGUUUGGAAAAGAUGGAAGCAAUAGAAUCUAUGACGCGGAUGUUUGGGCCGUUGGUGCGACUAACACGAAACACUUUGUAAAUCUGGUUCUAGAACGACUUUUUCAUCGACAAGGAACAGCAGAGUACAGGUCAAUGAUGUUUUUAAGACUCGCUGUCUUAUUUUGUGUGGUUUGCUUAGCAAGCAGUGAAACGGAGAAAAAAUCUGAAGAUCCGCCCGGCUUACUUCAAGCAUUAAACUCGAAAUAUUUUGGUCACAUUAGGGGCAAAAGAACGGACAAGGAUGAUUCUCCACCUUUGGAACAGGCACUUAAUAAUGCUUAUUUUGGACAUAUUCGUGGAAAAAGAACGCAAUCAGAUAAUCAUCCGCCCUUAGAGCAAGCCCUCAAUAAAGCAUAUUUUGGACAUAUCAGAGGAAAGAGAACGCUGGAAGGUUGGGGUUAUAAUCCUGCCCUUCGUGAAGCACUCAGUAGGCAGUUUUUUGGCCGCUUUCGGGGGAAACGGACGGGAGACUGGGGAUCAAACAAAGAUUUAUUGAAGGCAUUAAACAAUGCUUACAUGGGACACAUCCGUGGAAAACGGCAACAGGAAACAAUGGAGAAGUCAGCUGACUGAUAAUCAUUCGAAAACAUGCCAUGAAUGUCAAUUGAAGACAGUACCACCGACCAUUAGCAAACACGAUAUGUACUACUACCAUGAAAACUUGUUAAAUGACAAAAAGAUAUUUAUUUCCAGAAGAUAUGUUUCAUUACAGAUUUUUCAUGAAUGGACAAGGUCUUAAAUAAAGUCGGAAAAUUUGCAUCAUGAAUUAGAGGAAAUCAAUAAAAGUUAAGCAAAGACGUGAAAAAAUCUUGAGCAACCUUAAAAGUGUUUUAUCUGUAAUGACUGAAUUCAUAAACAACAGGUUAUUGAUGAAUAAAUUUCGUUAUAAAGAUG